AUGGAUUCCGUGGAGAUUAUUAAAAGCCAGCACUGCCCAUAUUUGCCUCAAGAUCCGAUGUUUGAAAUAUUGACGAGGGUUUCACUUGAAACCCUGGAACGAUGCAGGCUGGUGAGCAAAGAGUGGAACCAUGUAACCUAUGAGCCGAGUUUUAUGAAGCUUUAUUGCAAAAGGAAUGGAAUUCUUUCAGGGUUCUUCAUCCAAUGCCUUGGCUUGAAGUUAUAUACUGCCUUUGCUUCUCAGGGAAACCCCUUCCAAGACAGGUCACUGUCCUUAGAUAUGUUGCCCGUGCUGGCAAUUGUUCGAGCCGUGUCAAAUCAGGGUUUGGUCUACUGUGAGAGCCUCAGAUCAAGAUUUCACUAUGUUUGCAAGCCAACUACGGGCGAAUGGGUGAAAAUACCAAACCCCAAAACAAGGUUUACUACUUACAGAAACGCAAUGGUGGUUCUCCAUUCUCGCCCCUUGCAUUACAAGGUAGUUCGACUCUCAGAGCCCAAGGAUGCUUCACGGGGUUGCACCAUCAUAUGUGAGAUUUUUGAUUCGGAAAAAGGUGCUUGGAAGAGGUUAGAGAACAUAAAAUCAUCUGGUUUUGUGCUGUUGAGUGAAGCACCUCCAGUUUUUGCUAGCGGAGCAUUCCAUUGGUUCACAUUUAGCCAGCAGAUAUUUGCCUUCGACAUUAACAGCGAAAAGUGGGAGCUGAUUGACUUGCCAGAAAAUUUCACUGACGAGACCACUUUUUAUCUUAAAAAGGCGCUUGUCCAGUACGAAGGAAAACUAGCUCUUUUAAGGUAUGCCAUGGAUGUGGACAAAGUGGAAAUAUGGGUGAUGGAAAAUUAUUCGAGAAGAACUUGGAAGCUGGCGAGGGAGAUUGUCAACAGUGCCUAUGAGGAUACCAUCGUUCAUCUUUAUAGGAGUGAUGUUGCGGUUGUGAUCAACUAUAAGGAUUUGGUUUGGUAUGACUUAAACAACGGAACUUCAACCACUACCAAGGGGAGCCACAUUUUCUUUUCUCGCAAUGUUUACCCAUUCGAAUCGGAUUAUGAACCCAUGUUUUAG